GGUCGUGUGUAGGUCAUUGUGAAUGUCACAUGUACCCCGAAGAACUGCUAGGUCGUGUCUAGAUCAUUGUGCAUGUCACAUGUACCCCGAAGAACUGCUAGAGAUCAGGAAAUCGUUUUCCCUUAUCGAUGAAAAUGGAGAUGGGCGCAUUUCCUCCCACGAGCUGCUGAGAGCUUCUCGCCUACUGGGAAUGAACCCAACGAUUCAGGACGCUGAAGCAAUGAUUAAAGAAGUGGACCGAGACAACAGUGGCUAUAUCGAGUUUGACGAAUAUGCCGUGUUGAUGUCGAAACGUGUGGGCGCGAUGGAGCAGGAGUUGCGGCACCUGAAGGAGGCCCUGGAGGUGCUGGACACCCACAAGGAUGGGUUGAUUGACGUGGACAUGCUGAAGCAGGUGGUGAUGAUGGUGGGAGAAAGGCUGACGGAGAAGGAAGUUGACAUGGGACUGAGCGAGGUCACGAUACACCCCGGAAACAAAAUAAAAUAUGAAGAAUUUGCAGAGACGUUGUGUAAAAGGCUGCUGUGAGACAUGAAACAGAUAUAUCCUCAUGUCUUCUCGAAUUCGCUGCCAAGACAUAUCAGACUCACAUACACCUUUACGUAUUACUUCCAUAAUCAGUGGCUUAUAGUGAUAGUACAAUAAAUAGUAUUGUCUGUA